AUGCUCAAAAUCCCUUCUCUGCUCAACCCCGACCUCUCCAAGGCUCCCAAGGCAGGCAAAAGGACGACAAACGGCGACGGUGCGCUGUUGACGUCAGCCCCUGCAUCCGCGUCAACCACUGUUUCGAGUCACAACAACCCCUUCUUCAACCCCUUCUCAGCUCACCCACCAACACACACAUCCACUCACACCACUUUCGCAAUGGAUACCGCCAUGGACACAGCUGACGACUACCUGCCCUACGAGCUCAACGAGAACCUCACCGGCAUGAAUGCUCAGCAGCGCCAGGAGCUCGCACGUCAACACAAGCACUUCCAAGUUCUGCCUCCCACUGGCAAAGCAGGCGACAGGAUUGCCGACACCACGAGUCACGUCCCCUACACCAGUGAUAAGAGGGAGCUCUACGCAAAGACGGGAAAGAAUGCGCUCGACUUCUACAAGUACAGCUUCCGCGUCCCCGGCGACCCCGAGAACAAGCAGUACGAAGUGAUGUGGGACUACGAAAUCGGCUACGUGCGCGUCACGCCCUUCUUCAAAGCCUUGCAUAAAGGCAAGACAGUCCCCGGGAGAUCCAUCAGCGCCAACCCCGGUCUCGAGAAACUCGCCGUCUCCGUCACAGGCGGCUCGCUCAAGGCCCAAGGCUACUGGAUGCCGUACGAAUGCGCAAAGGAGAUCUGCCUGACCUUUUGUUACAAGAUCCGCUGGGUGCUUACUCCUGUCUUCGGGCCUGACUUUGUCCGCAACUGCUUGAAAGAAGAUCAUCCCGGCUUCGAAAAGUUCAAAAUCAAUCGUGCGACGGUGCGCAACGCGCUGGAAGCGCUGGAGCGCCGAAAGAAGGCUGCAGAAGUGGCUUCGACUCAAGAUACCAGCGGCAGUGACGACAAUGGCCUCAACAACGCGUCUGUCAAGCAAGCUGCAUCAUCAAAGGGCAUCGGCAAGACGCUCCCGCCACGCAACGCGCGCCCCAAGUUCAAGACCACCUCAGUCUUCACUACGGACACCUCAGACUCCUCCCGCGCCACCUCCGCCCUCGCGUCCCCAGCUAUCUCGCCCAAGACGACAUACAGCAGCCCAAGCUUCACAGCCAUCAACAACCCUGCACAACACAAGACGGCCGUCGCCUCAUCGCUGGAGAACUCGCUGCUCGCCGCCCCCUGGCGUCCGGCGGCUCCCAAGGACGAGCUGGAGCUCUACCUCGCCUCCAAGCAAGACCAAAAGAAGGGCAAAGAAGCCGAAGUAAAGGCAGAGAGCAAGCCAGCCCGCAGCCGCCGCACAAACAAGAAGAAGCGCCGCCACUCCGCCGCCCCAGCCGCGCCCGCCACUCGCUCUCCCUCCCCCUCCUCCACCACCAGCGACGCCAACGCGCCCAGCGAAGCCGACUCGGCGGAUCUCAUCAUCCGCCCAGCAAACAAGGGCUACGCAGCCAAGCGCGCCCGGCUCGCGGCUCCCAACCUCACGGGCGGGAUGCGCGUGACGGGCGCAGGCCGCGCGCCAGCUAGCUACCGCAACUCGCCUUCGGAGGCGCUGGCGCGGAAGAAGCGCGUGCUGGCGGACGCUGGGGGGGAUCGGACUGGGACGGCGCAGUAUGCGCUUGAGGAGGUGGAGGUUGCGCGGUUGUUGAUUGGGAUGAAUAGGAUGGAGGAGACGAGGACGGCGGGGGUGCUGUCUCUCCGUCGGAUGGUUCGGGAGAGGGCUGCGGCCCGGGAGGAUGAGGAGAUGGAGGAGAUGGAGUGA